AUGUCCGGCACCGACUACAACUACGAUGACAACGGCCAGUUCUUCCCUUUCUUCGUUCUCACCCUGACUGGUCUGGUCACUCUUCCGCUCACCUACAACAUCCUGAAGAAGAACGAGGAUAUCGAGAACACUGCGCCGCGAAUACAAUCCGAUUUCAAGCCCAAGCAUGACGACCUCAUCCAAGCGCAAAGACGGGCGCAGAAAAGGAAGGAAUUCAAGACGAAGAGAACGAUUGCGGUGAUACUGGGAUACUUGAUCAUGGCAUGGAUGGUGUACAAGAUCAUUGUGACAAAGAGGAUCAUGCCGAAGAUCUGGGAUCCAUAUGAAAUACUGGGGCUCUCAAGAAGUACCAGCGAACAGGCUAUCAAGAAACAUAAGAGAUUAUCAUCAUUGAAAUACCAUCCUGACAAAGUACGACCGGAUGCCUCGAAGAAUGAAACGGUGGAGACUCUUAAUGACCGAUGGGUGGAAAUGUCCAAAGCAUACAGUGCACUUCUGGAUGAAGAAGUGCGAAAUAACUGGAUCCAGUAUGGACAUCCAGAUGGGAAGCAAAGCUUCAGCAUUGGUAUUGCCUUGCCAAAAUUGAUGAUUUCUGAGGGCAAUGGCAAAUAUGUCCUUCUGUUUUAUGCCCUCAUCCUAGGGGUGGCAUUGCCGUACGUUGUAGGCAAAUGGUGGUAUGGAACCCAGGCUUUGACCAAGGACGGAGUCAUCAUUGCCAGUGCAGGCAAGAUUUUCAAAGAGUACAAGGAAGAGAUCACGAUUGGUGGUGUCGUAGCGGCCACAAGCACAGGAGAAGAAUUCCAGCAAUUGCUGAAGGGUUCUAGGAGUGACGCCGGCCUGAGCAAGGUUGAGAAAAGCAUUUUUGCACCAGAAGCCGGCCUUUCAGAGCAAGACCUCUCGCGGCUCAAAGAGAUCGAAGACCCUUUGCGCCGGAAAGUCCUAGCCUUACUAUGGGCAUACCUUGCGCGGGUCGACCUGGGCGAUGAUACUCUCGAAAGUGAAAAAUACGCUGUUGCGCCAAUCGCGUUUCUCCUCAAUGAUUCAUUUACAUCCAUUGCCCUCGCCUUCAGCGUCGUCGCGCCACUCCUCGCAUCGUACCACGCAUCGCAGCACAUUAUCCAAGCACUUCUGCCCGACGCUUCCCCCCUCCUCCAACUACCGCAUUUCACUCCGAAAACGGUACAGGCUAUCGAAGGCGCAGACGCCAAAUCGCACAUGUCUCUGCAGAAGUUCAUGUCACUUCCUCAAUCAUCACGACGAAGACUUGUCGCUGACAUGUCAGAUUCGCAAUAUGCCAGUGCGAUGCAAGUGGCUCGGCAAAUGCCCAACUUUGUGGUUGCAAAAGCUUUCUUCAAAGUGAUUGGCGACAAAGUCAUCACGCCUUCCGCUCUGGUUCAGUUAGUCGUCAAGGGCCGCAUCAUCCCGCCAGGUAUACAGCAUGUGCCUGAAGUAAAUGAAGCCGACCUCGAAGACAUCGACCCAGAAGAGGGCGACCUAGACGCCCUUCUGGGCCGCAAAUCCGCCAAAAGCAGAAGAAAGAAGCCAAUCAUCGACGAACCAACAGCUGGUUUCAACAACAAAGAAAACUCGAUCCAACCCCCUCUCGCACACGCCCCCUACUUCGCCCGCAACCACUCGCCCCGCUGGCGCGUCUUCCUCACCGACGCCCGCGCAGGCCGCAUCGGCGUGCCCCCUUUCACCUUCACCGAAUUUGACAAACCCAUCUUCAACGCUGCGGACAAUACACCCACCUUCAACAUGCAGACCUUCAAAUGCCAAUUCCAGGCGCCCCCUCAGGUCGGGCAGUUCGCAUUCAAGAUGCAUCUCAUCUGCGACAGCUACGUCGGGCUGGAUUCCACGGUGGAUGUCAUCUUGGACGUGCAGGAUAUGAGUAAGGCGGCGGUGGUGGAGAGCGAGGACGAGAUCAGCGAGCCGGAUGAGGAUACGUUGGCGGGCCAGAUGCAGGCGAUGAAGGGUGGUGGCGCGGCGGGCAAGAGGAAGAAGAAGAAGGCGGUGAAGGCUGAUGAGGAGGAGGAAGAAGAAGAAGAAGAAGAAGAAGAGGAUGAGGAUGAGGAGGAGAGUGAUACGGAUGGGGAGGUGGAGGAGGUCAGUGAUACGGAUACGGAGACGGAUGAGGAGUGA